UUGUUGACGCCGAGAGGAAAAUUCAGAGGCGUGCGAUUCAAUCCGGCGCUCUGGCCGAGCGGUUGGGGCAUGGACGACGACGUGGGAAUGGCGAUGUUUCGAGCGUGCGCGGAGGCGACGCCACCGGCGGUGGUGGGCUUCAUGUGCUUUCACGGAUUAAAGCCGCAGAUUCCGGCGAUUCGGGCGCUGUGCGAGGCGGAGCCGACGGUGCCAGUUUUGAUCGAUCACUUUGGCUUCACGAAGGGCAUCGAGGACGAGGGGUUCGAGGAUCUGUUAGCCCUAGGGCGAGACUUUGAGCAGAUACAUGUCAAGUGCUCGGCGCACUUUCGAGUGCGAGUGGCGACAGAGGACGGAUCGGAUUCCACCGAGCGACAGUUGAGGCGAUUGAUUGAGACGUUUGGGCGAGAGCGCAUCGUGUGGGGAUCGGAUUAUCCGUUCGUGACCAUGGAGGACGGCGGGUACGCUGGCGCUGUCGGAUUAUUGGAGUCUCAGCUCGCCGCCGAUCCUGAGUUGAUCGAUAUGAUCCGCGGAGAGAAUUUCAUGCGUCUGUUUCCAGGUGCGGUUGAGGCGUAG